AUGGAAAAUAAGUGUGAUAUAGGCUUAAUAGGUUUAGCUGUUAUGGGUCAAAAUUUGAGUUUAAAUAUUGCUAGUAAAGGUUUUAAAAUAGGUGUAUAUAAUAGAACAUAUAGUAGAACAGAAGAGACAAUGAAAAGAGCAAAAGAAGAAAAAUUAGUUGUAUAUGGUUAUAAAACAUUAUUGGAGCUAAUUAAUAAUUUAAAAAAACCAAGAAUAGUUAUACUAUUAAUACAAGCAGGUCCAGCUGUUGACGAAAAUAUAAAUAACAUAUUAAGUUAUUUUGAGGAAGGAGAUAUAAUUAUUGAUGGUGGAAAUGAAUGGUAUCAAAAUUCAGAAAGAAGAAUAAAUUUAUGUAAAGAAAAAAAAGUUGAAUAUUUAGCUAUGGGAGUAAGUGGUGGAGAAGCAGGAGCAAGGUAUGGUUGUUCUUUUAUGCCAGGAGGUUCUAAAUAUGCAUAUGAUUGUGUUAAGAAUAUUUUAGAAAAAUGUUCAGCUCAUGUUGGAGAUUCCCCUUGUGUUACUUAUAUAGGAGCAGGUUCUUCAGGAAACUAUGUAAAAAUGGUACACAAUGGUAUUGAAUAUGGAGACAUGCAAUUAAUAUCUGAAAGUUAUAUUAUUAUGAAAAAUAUAUUAAAUUAUGAUAAUAGAAAAUUAUCUGAAGUUUUUAAAAAAUGGAAUGAGGGGAUAUUGAAUUCUUAUUUAAUUGAAAUUACUUCAAAAAUUCUUGAAAAAAAAGAUGAACUUACUGAUAAUUAUGUAAUAGAUAUGAUUCUAGAUAUUGCUGGUGCUAAAGGAACAGGAAAAUGGACUAUGCUUGAAUCAAUAGAAAGAGGAAUCCCCUGUCCUACUAUAUGUGCUGCUUUAGAUGCACGUAACAUUAGUACUUUUAAAGAGUUAAGAACCAAAGCCGACUUAAAUUUUAACAGUGAAACGAAAAAUUGUUUAUGUGAAGAUAUAAACACUAUUGAAAAUGAUAUUUUAAAUGCUCUAUAUUGCUGCAAGAUUAUUUCUUACACACAAGGAUUAUUUCUUUUAAAACAGGUUUCUAAUGAAAUGAAUUGGGAAUUAGAUUUAGGAGAAAUUGCAAGGAUAUGGAGAGGGGGAUGUAUAAUUAGAGCAGUGUUUUUAGAUCGAAUAACAAAAGCAUUUAAAAAUGAUAAGAAAUUAGAAUUAUUAUUAUUAGACAAGGAUUUUUCAGAAGAAAUUAAAAAUAAAUUACCUUCUUUAAAAAAAAUAGUUCAAUUAGCUACUCAAUAUUCUAUUCCAAUUCCUGCAUUUUCAGCUAGUUUAGCAUAUUUUGAAAUGAUUACAUCAAAAAAUUUACCUCUUAAUUUAGUACAAGCACAAAGAGAUUAUUUUGGUUCACAUACUUAUAAAAGAAUUGAUCGUGAAGGAAAUUAUCAUACUCUUUGGAGUUGA